AUGAGCUCCCCGCUAGGCCAUUCCGACAAGGAUGGCCAUGAUGGCUCUGGCACAUAUCCAUUCCCGGUCCAGAAUCAAGGAAUCAAUGAUCCCGACGACUCCUUCCUUACCGCCGACGAGACCGUGAGCCGCUCCGGUAGCCCCGUGCCAUCCUCGAUCCACCCCGCGAGGACUCUGGAAGACGAACUCGCCGCCCAUGACAUUGACGAUAUACCUGUUGCUCCUUCAACUCCCGACCUUGCCAGUCCCUCCGAGUCAGCCUCUAUCCCAGAUGAUACGCCCUCUAUCCAAGGCUCCCUAGCCUCGUCGCUACCCAUCCGUCGUCCCCGCCUGAACCCACGCGCCUCGACAAACACCCCUCGUACUCCUUCCGGUGCCCUCCAGCCCUUCGAGCGACGCUUCAGCUCUAGGUUUACCUCGCCCACUCCCUCGUCGCGCGCUGCCUCCCCUGCCUUUCUGUCUCCGCACUCUCGUCAGUCGUCUCUCUCCUCUCAGAUUGUACUGUCACAAGGAGGCAGUGACAUUGCAGACAACCCGGACGCUCCUUGGGAAGUCAUAAGAUGGACAAGGUUACGGAAGAUCACAUCGCAAGCCUUCUCCGAAGCUGGAAGACGUAACUUCGGCGUGCCAAUUUGUCUGGCUGUAUCUUCGUCUAUCACAAUUGGUACAUCCAAAGGUCUGAUUCUGGUCUUUGACUACCACCAGACUCUGAAGGGUAUCAUUGGUCAAGGCACAAAAGCAAUAGAGUGCGGUUCCAUUACUGCUCUUGCCAUCUCAGCCGACUAUUCGGCAAUUGCUGCUGGUCAUGCUUCAGGUCACAUCUUUACAUGGGAGCUCGCUCGUCCUGCUAAGCCGUUCUUGCAUAUUCCGCCUGUAGAAAGAAGUGGUCAACCACAACCUCCGGAUGGCCAUGUACCAGGUCGCUCAGUCUUGCAUAUCGGCUUCUUGGGCACACGACGCACAGCUCUUGUUUCUGCUGACGAUGGGGGCAUGGCCUUCUCCCAUCUCGCGACUCGUGGAAUGGGCGCCAUCUCUCGUAGUGUCAAGACCACUCGCUUGCUUGGACGCUACCCAGUACCGAACUUGCAAGAGGAGGCAUGGAUAAAGCCCAGUUCUGUGCUUGCAUUUGCACCGCUUCCGCUGGGAAACGUAGAACAGGCUACUGAUAAUAUGGGUCUUACAGCUUUGUUGACUCCAUAUCUGCUCGUCAUUGUUUCCACAACGCCCGUCGCCCAAACACAGCAUAAGGCUUCAAGGCCAAAGUCAAUAUCGCGCCACAGUGCAAUGAGUGGCUGUCUCGCUUGGUUCCCAGCAGUCAAGUUAAAAAGCAGUAAUACUACCACCGAGCGGGACACCUCCGAAACAAAACUUGUGUAUUGUUGGUCGAACGUCUUGACAGUGCUCGACGUUGAGGUCCAACCAUCUCAAGAUCCAGCCGACAAAGAGAAACCGCCGAAUCUAUUUUUCCAUUCGAGAAGUAGCUGGGAGUGCGAAGAGGCCAUUGUUGCAGUUCAAUGGUUGAGCCGAUCUGUCAUUGGUGUACUCACCAUCAGUCAACAGAUGAUCAUCAUAGAAGACGGCGAGUUACAUGUCAUGGACUCUGUGGAUCUCCUGCACAGGCAGAUACAUCAUCGCGAUAUCUUCUCGAAGCAAUUGCAUCCUGUUGUAGAGCAGGCUGACAACGAGCAUUCGGAAAUGCAUGGUGUGAUUGCAGAUGCGUUCUACCAGAGUUUCCGCGUUUACAAAAACCGGCUGUUCCUUCUCGGCGCGAGUGAUCUUUCAGUGGGCACUUUGUCAAAUUGGGCAGACCGAUUGACCGCAUUGAUUGAACACGGUGACUACAUUGCAGCGAUACAGCUUGCUAGAGCAUAUUACACUGGACAAGCUGGUGGCGUCACAGUGGGCUUGCCAGAUAACGCAGAUGCGCGGCACGAGUUGGUCCAUGGUAGACUGCUCGAGCUCAUGUCUGCGUCCAUUCUGUUCUCAUUCUCAGAGAACAACAGUAACGGGCGACCGCUGUCUGAUCUGGUUGCUGAAUGCUUUGAUGCAUGUGUGAGCAUGGACAACCAGAGCUUCUUGUUUGAUGAUGUCUAUGAGCCAUUGAGAGAUGCUGGCGAGCGAGAAGUGUUCCUCGAAAUCUUGCAAUCGUAUAUUAUGGACGAGGAGGUUACUUCUCUGCCACCGCCGUUGGUAAAAGACCUAGUGGAGAGUUGCAUUUCGAAAAACCAAGUCACACAUCUAGAAGAGCUUUUGUGCCGGCUAGACCCACGCACUUUCGAUCUUGACCAGAUCACGACGCUCUGCAAAACUCAUUAUCUAUACGACGCGUUGAUCUUUGUCUGGAAUGAAGCAUUGGAAGAAUACGUCACUCCACUGUCAGAUCUACUGACACUGUUACGGGAUGUCAAAGACAGACAAGACGAGACAGAGGAAGCUGCUUUGGAGUCGGCUAUAAAAGUGUUUCCCUAUCUUGCAUUCGUUCUGACAGGAAGGAAGUACCCUCAGGGCGACUUCCUAGACGACGAAAAAGCCGACACCCAGAAAGGAAACAUCUACCGAUACUUGUUCUCUCACGAACCUACGGGAUGGCCACCGGGGUCUUCGUUCAUUCUGAGAACGAGGUCCAACCAUGCGGGCGAACCUGCCUUCCCUUAUCUACGACUUUUGCUCGAAUAUGAUGCGGCAAGCUUUAUGAGCAUGAUGACUGAAGCUUUCGAAGAUCCAUACCUCAACGACUCGCAGGAAGAUGGCCUCACCUACAGCCAAUCACAAACAAACGGUGCAGGCCUGAAGAUAACUCGACAGUACAUUGUCAGUGUUCUUCUCGAUGUCAUGGCAUCAGACGACUUCGAGCCCGAGCAAACCAUCUACCUCGACAUGUUCAUUGCUAGGAAUUUACCAAAAUACCCCCAAUUCAUGGUCUUAUCGAGUUCUUCCUUACAUCAAGUUCUCGAUCGACUUUGCAGCUUUCGCGAGGAUGAUUUGGCUGACGACACGCAACUCAGCGCUGAGUACUUGCUAUCUGUAUACCAUCCUCCCGUCACGACCGCGCUCAUCGAGCAGCUCCGAGAGGCAGAAUUCUAUCGCGUGCUCAAGACACUGUACAGAAGCGAGCACAGGCCUGUCGACCUCAUCAAAACUUACUUCGAAGACCCACAAGGAAAGAAUGGCGUCUUUGACGAUCUUGCGUAUGCUCUACAAGAGUCGCCUGAGAAGCAAACGACUCAGCUCAAGGACCUUUUAUGUGAACAUGCUCAAGAGUUGGCAGCUAUCAAUACCUCGAAGACCGCACAGACACUUGCAAGAUAUACUGACGACAUCUUGGAGCGCUUUGUUGACGCUAUCGGGGAGACAUACACACGCUUCCACUUCCUACGCACGUUGCUAGAGCCUUCACUACUUGACCACCGCUUCAAGAAGACUGUCAGCGAGCCGGUUUCCGAAUCUCUGGUUGCACGAUUCUGCGAGCAGUAUGUCGAGCUCAUGUGCAUCCACGACCCUCGUCACGUGGCCGAUUAUAUCGGCCUCUUAAAGUCUGGCGACCUAGACCUCGAUCGUGUUCUUCCAUCUAUGGAAGAGAAUGGCGUUGUUGACGCAGCAGUUCUUCUUAUGGCGCAAGAUGGCCUAGCCAGAGAUGCUAUAACUCGUCUCUGCAAGCAUCUGCUUACUCUACAAAAUGCUAUCUGCAGUCUCAUACAAGCGGCUGCUGAGGCACCGGACAUGCAGAGCACUGAGGAAGCUGCUGACGACUUGAUCGAGGCGAUUGAGAAGUACACGCGACUUGGUAUCUGGUUGUGCAAGGGGCAGAGUGCUGCUAUGCAGCAGCAUCGUCAACCUCGGCAUCGCACAAAUACUGCUUGGGAAAUCAAAGAGAAUGAUCUCGAACUUGAUGAGCUGCUCUGGCUCAACCUGAUCGAUGCCAUCGUUGCAGUCUCCAAAUCAGUGUCAGCAGAAACUGACGAACUAAUCGACGACGCCUCCUUCGACAUCGAUAAGACCAACAAUGCUCUCCGAAGCACCGUUCAACAAACCUUCACAGCCCUCCUCAGCGCAACUUCAACCACAUCUCCCAAAUCUGACGACCAUGAGGAACCUCGCCACCACCGUCGUCCACAAAACCAACAUAAUCAAUCUUUCCUCUACAUCUUCCGCGCCUUUUUGUCUCGGGCAAGUUCCUCCUACGCACCCACCCUCUCCGAUCUCCGCGCCGUCCUCUUGGAUGUCUUUGCAGCCUACACCCACGAGUCCUCCGUCCUCAAUCUUGCCUCCCAACUCCUUGACGUCGACGUCUUUGCAGACAUGACUUCCAUCCACUCACUCCGCCAAUGUGGCUGGCGUCCCCGCACCCAAACCUGCGAACUCUGCAAAAAACGCGCUUGGGGCGCCGGUGUCUCAAACAUAGAUUCACAUCAAGAAAUCAUCUGGGAUGAAUUCGAACGCACCGAAGAGCAAAGAACACACAAAAAGGGAGAAAAGAUUCGCGCGAGUAUGGAUAAUGGAAAAGGUAAAGGAGCAUUGAUAGCAGAUGGGGUUGCGGAGAGGGCGAGGGAGGUCGAAGAACAAGCAAGGAGGAUGGCGUUGGUGGUGUUUGCUUGUAGACAUGUUGUGCAUAGGGUGUGUCUUGAAAGCGAAAUUGCUGUCAAGGUCGCUGCUGCUGAGGAAGGGGGAGAGGAGGAUGGUGAUGCAGAGGAAGAGGAAGAGAGAGGGGGUUUCUUGACGCGAGCGGCUUUUUUGGCUGGGGCUGAGGAGGUCUUGGAGGGGUUGCUUGCGCGCUGUGAAGCGGAUUGGAAAUGGAGAUUGGCAGCGCGAAAGAGUGGAUGGGGUAUCUGUGGUGGUGGUAGGGGUGAUGAUCCGGUCGGUGGUGGUAGUGAGGUUGCUCAUGAUCUGGUCGGUUUCUACCUCACCGAGGGCGUUCAAUUCGAAGUGCGAGAUGAAUAUUGGGCUGUGUUGCCGGUUGUGAUCGCUUAA